AUGCCAUCAGGGCUGGUAUGUGUUAGGGACCACUCCACCACGGUUUCCCUCCACAAUCCCACUCCACCACGGUUUCCCUCCACGGUCCCACUCCACCACGGUUUCCCUCCACGAACGCAGGGGCAAUCCGGCUCUCUGGAGGUUGUUGGUGCAUUGAAGCCGACCGUGCAAUAUCCAAGGCUCUGUGAAGGCCAUGGCUGCAUCAACUUGCCUGCCAACAAGGAAGGUGAAGGAUGUCAUCCCUCUGAUCUCUCAUGAACGCAGGGGCAAUCCGGCUCUCUGGAGGUUGUUGGUGCAUUGAAGCCGACCGUGCAAUAUCCAAGGCUCUGUGAAGGCCAUGGCUGCAUCAACUUGCCUGCCAACAAGGAAGGAGAAGGAUGUCAUCCCUCUGAUCUCUCA